AUGGCUGAGCUAACCAAAGUGAAGGAAAAGAACCACUCUGCUUAUUACUUUUGGGGUAGGAUUGGAAAGCCACAAGGCAAUUGGACUCCAAAUGUUUGUAUCUUGUACGAUAAACUGGUGUCUUGGAUCACCAGAUUCCGCAGGACAGACGCUGCCAGUGUUGAUUUUGCAAGCCACUUACUCAUUCUGGAUCCUACGGAAAAGCUGAAGCUCAAGCCUUUGCAACGCAAUGAACAGAACAAGCGUGCUCAUGAGGAUGAGGAGGACCAACAUGAUGAGGAGAGUGAUGAUUCUCCACUUCUUCCCCAGAGACCUCGUCAUCGACGGAUAGCCAAGAAGCGGAAGGGGAAGCAACCACUCGGUGGUGAUGAUGAUGAUGCAUCUAGUCGCGAGGCGGAGUUUAGGUAA